AUGGCGCCUUCGUCUGCAAGUUGGGAAGAUUCAUCACCUCCGCCAAGCCCCGAUACCACCCAAAACCACCUCCAGCAUAGUUUCCUUCUUCACAAAGCAUCUGAUAAAGUAAUCUCAACCGGCAAAGCCCGGAGGAGGAUUGAUGUGUCCCCCGACGAACGCUUCUUGAGAACCGAAGCUUUUCAGUUAGUUUGGUCCAGAAUUGAAUCCACUAUCACCCACGUUCUGCGAAGUAUCAACGCUCGUGUUUUCGAUCACAUAUGCAGCUGGGUAUGGCAUUCCUUCAAAGCUAUCAAACCACUUGCCGCCGUUUCUCCUGCCCCUUUUCCUAUUCUCAGCCAAGCUACUUUUUCGCAGCUCCACACUGGGCUCCUUCUUACCAAGAAUAUGGAGUUUGUUGAUGAUAUUUCUACAUUUCAAGAGCUGGGCCUCUGCUUGAAAUCCCAUGGAUGCCAUGUCGCUGUCCUUUCCUCCUUCGACUUUUCAUCCAAAAAUGGGAUUUCUGGUUGUCUCACGAGUUUAUUGAGACAGUUUCUCAUGCGUGCUUUUGAUGCUGCAGAAAUGUCCAUACUGGCAUCAUGGUACAGUCAGCAAGGAAACUAUGGUUCCCCUGUGGUUGUUAUUAUAGAUGAUAUGGAACGAUGUUGUGGCGCUGUCUUGUCUGAUUUCAUUCUUAUGUUGAGUGAAUGGGUUGUGAAGAUCCCAGUCAUCUUAAUAAUGGGAGUUGCAACAACUCUGGAUGCCCCUAGAAAUAUACUUUCUUCAAAUGUGCUACAGAAGUUGUGCCCUUGCAACUUCAUGUUGGGAUCACCAGCUGAGAGGAUGGACGCAGUUGUUGAGGCUGCUCUUGUGAGGCAGUGUUCUGGUUUUUCUAUUGGUCAUAAGGUGGCUGUUUUUCUGCGGAACUACUUCUUAAAUCAUGAUGGUACAUUGACAUCUUUUGUUAGAGCAUUGAAGAUAGCAUGUGUUCAACAUUUUUCCACGGAGCCUUUAAGCUUCCUGCUUGGAUGGUUGCUUGUUAAAGAAGACAGUAAGGGAGUUCAGAGUGAGAAAGCUGUCAAGCUUGCUUCUGAGCUUUUAUCAUUAGCAAGGGACCAAAUGGCUGAACAAACUGAUGUCAAUAUAGCUCAUGGUUUGGCAGAGUUGACGAGAUUGCAGAAGCUCUGGAGCACUGUUGUUCUGUGCUUAUAUGAAGCUGGAAAGUGUAACAAAACUCAAUUGUUAGACUUAUUUUGUGAGGCACUUGAUCCGGAUACUUACAACUCAUCGACUUCUGAUAAUCACACUGGAAUUGGAAAAGGUUUUGUUCAAUCUCUGUCAAAUGAUCACUGUAUGCUUGAACAGAACUUGAGCUACCGAAAGGAACGCUUUAUCUGCCAAUUAUUUCGCAGAGUGAGGGAUCUUCCGGCACCAUUGCUUUGUCGGCUGCUCAACAGUUGGAAAAAUCUUACUGUGGAUGUCCUUGAGAUUCAUGACAAGGUAAAGGAGCUGCAGUCAAUAUUAAAAUUUGACGAAGGAAGUUUUAAACCAGAUUUGACGGAUAUAUCCAGAAGACAUACAUCUCGGAGUGCCUUAAAGAUGGGUGAAUCACAAUCAAUGAAUGAAAAAGUUGCUAUACUAAUGGAUUGCAUGGUCAGGGAUUUCAUGAAGCCGAUUGAGUGUACACCUUUUCAUGAAAUUGUCUGCUAUAGAAAUGUCGAAAACCUUCAAUCAGCGUUAAUUGGAGAUUCACGAAAAAUUAUUCAAGUGGAUCUUCUGGAGUUUCAUAAAACCCUACAAUGCAGUUGCUGCAGGAGAAGUGGCAACAUACCAUUGUCGUCCAUGCCUGACACCUCGAUUAUGUACACCCUGGCUCAGGAGCACGGCGAUCUUAUCAAUCUUCAUGACUGGUUCCAGUCUUUCAAAACCAUUGUCAUUCAGUACAACAGAAAAGGAACAAGCAAACUGAAAAAGUCCCCACUUAAGAAAAGAAAGGAAAGGGAGGAAUCUGAAAACAAGAGUGAAGCAUCCAUGCAAGCCAGAUUUUGCAGGGCAAUCACAGAACUACAGAUUACAGGUCUCAUUCGAAUGCCCAGCAAAAAACGUCGUGAUUAUGUGCAGAGAGUGGGCUUUGGGCUCUGA